AUGGUCCGCGCCAGAAUUCCCAAGAAGCCCCGCGGCUGGGUGAGCCCAUCCGCACCUCUUUCCAUGCGCAAGCAGGUAUACCUUCCCAAUUUCACAAUCGCCCUCAUUCGUACCCCCUUCCUUCCCCCGCGCUUUGCCUCCUUCUACGUCCCCUUGAACUUCAACAAACUCGAUCUUCGCGACUACCUGCAACGGCUAUAUGGGGUUGGUGUCCUGAGGAUCCGUAGCUACGUCGAGCAAAUGAAGGUCACCCGGAUGAAGCGCAAUGGAAAUGGGUAUGGUCAGCUUCGACGGCCGCAAUCGAAGAAGAGGAUGACGGUUGAGAUGAAGGAGCCGUUUGUUUGGCCCGAGGCUCCGGAGGAUAUGGCGCCAUGGGAGAAGGAUCAGUUCUUCAAAGCCGCAGAAUACCAAGACAACAUCCAGAAGUCACAGCAAUUCGAAAACAAAACAAAGCCCAAUGAAGCAGAGCGUGAGGCCUUCGAGGCAGAAGCAAAGAAGCUGCUGGACGGCUCGAAACCGUGGAGGCCGACUUGGCAGGCUCUGGGGCUGAAUUAUAAUCGCUCGGCUGUGGGGGAUGCGAAGGACAUUUUCCCGGGCAAUGGGCGAUCAUAG